AUGAAGCUUCUUCUGCUGUGUCUGUGUGUUGCUCUGGCUCAUGCUAGCCUGGCUCCUCUCCGUACGACCAACGAGCGCGCCGUACCAGACAGCUGGAUCAUCAAAGUAGAGGAUUUUGACCAACUGGAGCGGGUGCAACAAGAGAUCGAAGAAAUCUUCUACAAGUUCCGUACACCUACUCCCCAAAUCGAAAAGCUCGAAAACCUCAUGCCGGUUCUGACCCUCAAGGUUCCACAGCACAUCCUUUCCGAGGUGCGGGCUAUUGAGGGCGUUGAAUACGUUCAUGAGGACACCAUUGCAACCAUUUUCGGCACACAAAAUAACCCACCAUGGGGUCUGGAUCGUAUCGACAGUCGUAGUGGAAGGGACAAUAGGUACAGGUACAAGGACAGCGCUCAGGGUGCAAACGUGAGGUUGUUUAUUGUGGAUACUGGCAUCAAUACCAAUCACCAAGCGUUUGGUGGACGAGCAUCCCUUCUGUACGGAGGUGCUGACGAUCAAGGACACGGAACUCACUGCGCUGGUACUGCUGGAGGAAACACCUACGGUAUCGCACGUAAAGCUAAACUCUACAGCUCCAAAGUGUGCAACAGUCAAGGACAAUGCUCGAAUUCCCUCAUUUCAGCAGGUUUGGAUGCUAUCGUCAAAAAGUAUGGUUCUGGUAAUGGCAAGGGCGUGGUUUCGAUGUCCUUGGGAGGAGGGUAUAGUUCCUACAUGAACUCUCUUGCCCAGAACAUGCUCAACAAGGGGUACACGGUUUCUGUUGCUGCGGGUAAUUCAAACAUCGACGCUUGCAACUCUUCACCUGCAGCAGUGAAAGGGGUAAUCACCGUUGCAGCCAGUGACAAAAACGACAAACGUGCGUAUUUCUCAAACUACGGCUCUUGCGUCGAUCUCUUUGCACCUGGUGUUGACGUCAAGAGUGCUAGCCACUCGUCUAACUCCGGAAGUAGAACUCUGUCAGGCACUUCAAUGGCAUGCCCUCACGUGUCAGGUGCCGCUGCUGUUUAUCUGGGAACAAGGCCAGGUUCAUCCCCGAGUGCUGUGCAUAAUGCCAUCGUGAAUAACGCCAGCACUGGCAAAAUUUCCGACACCAAAGGGUCUCCCAACCGACUGCUGUAUGUCCAGCCUUAGGUAUCUACAGACCACUCGUGCCUGACGUCAGAAUCACGUGACAAGAUUGGAGAGGCUUGCCAUGCAGAAAAAAACAACGGAUCGAGAUGAACGUGGGAAAAAAUUUCUUCCUAUGACAAACUUGAAAUGGAAAACUAAAAUUAAAAAUUGUGACUGAAACACUGAAUCGUUCAUAACAAACGUUAUUAACUCCUCGUACAACUUACGUGAAUUCUACCAAUGAAACCGGCAAACUUGGCCAAUUGUAAUGGUGUUUUAUUGCACAUCAGAAAUAUACAAGAUAAAUCAUUGUACCUCGUCCAUAAACGCUUCUUACUAAAGCUGAUAUUCAUGUAGACUUAAUUCCAGAUUUGAAACGCUUCAAAGUAGCAUUAUUAAACACUUUAAAACACAUUAGUCAAGUUUAACGUGAAAAACAAUUUUGGGUCAUCAGUGACCAAAUUUAGGAAAUAAUGACAAACCUCUAAACCAUUACAGAUAACCUUGUAUUGCGAUGUUUUAAUUCAAAUUGUCAUGUAAACCUUAAAACCUCUUCCCAAUGAAAUAGAAAAUGGAGUGAUCCCUGCA